CUUAAAGGGAAACGGAAAAAGAAGAGCGUUCCCAUGGCUGACAGUGAAUUCCAGGAGAUGCCAGGUGUGACCCCAGAGGAAGAGCAUCUGGACAACCUGGAGAAGCUGGAACAAGUGGUAUCUCCAGCUGUCAAGCAGGAUGAAGCUGAGCAGAAACCUCUUGAAGAGGAUUCGGGAGAUGAGGAGAUGCUGAGCGGUGAGAAGGAAGAGGAGCAGACGUUCCUGGUCAACCUCUACAAGUUCAUGAAAGAGCGUCAUACGCCAAUUGAGAGGGUGCCUCACCUUGGCUUCAAGCAAAUUAAUCUGUUUAAAAUCUACAAAGCUGUGGAAAAACUUGGCGCCUACGAACUGGUCACCGGAAGACGUCUUUGGAAAAAUGUUUACGACAUGUUGGGAGGCAGCCCAGGAAGUACCAGUGCUGCCACUUGCACCCGGCGACAUUACGAGAGGCUGGUCCUGCCGUACGUCCGACACCUGAAAGGGGAGGAUGACAAGCCGCUGCCCCCAAUCAAGCCUCGAAAACAGUACAAGAUCUCCAAGGAGCCGAAGGGGGAUCACAUGGUGGAGAAGAAGAGAACGAAGAAAGAGAAGAUGAGAGAUCCAAGUUUGCCAGAGAAAGUGAGGCCGGAUGUUGCUUUGAUCUGCAAACCUCCCAAUGGCACUGAGCCGAAUCAGUCCCGGGAUCAAACCGAGGGGCGCCUCUCCCUUCCGAACAGCCGAGAGAUAGCCGAGACUCAGCCCACCGGCAGCUGCCUUGGGAACUGUCGAUCCCACGGCUGCUCCGAAGCCUACACCCGUCUCUUCUCCAGCUUCUACUUCAAGGGGAACAAUGGCAUCAUGUCUCCCUUGGCGAAGAAGAAGCUGCUGGCGCAGGUGAGCCAGGAUGAAUGUUUGUAUGCUCAUGAGAAGAAGCAUCUCAGCCACUGUCCUGAAUACAAGAAGAUCAGGAUCCGGGAAAUGUCAGGCUUGGACUCCGAGGUUGGUCGUCCCCAGAAAGAGGCCCCAAAGACAGGAGCGGAGGUGAACGGCUCCAGCAGUCCUCCAGGUCCUUCCCAGGUUGGAAAAGCCAAUAAAGGUUUGAUGAAGGCCCCUCCAGGGUUCAAGGAGGGAGCAGGGUCCCUGAAUGCCGAGGAAGAAAGCUCUGGAGCUCACCUGACUACUGGGCCACCUGCCUUUCAUGGCUAUUUCCACACCUCCAGCAGCACCAUCUUGAAACCCAUCAGCGGCCUUCGAGGACCGGUGGAAUAUUAUCCCAGCUUGAAGGACCUCCCUGUGACUUCUCCAGCCUAUUCUAAGCCUGGAAAAGAGGCCCUGGUGGCACCUGGGUUUCAGAAGAAGCAGGAGAGCUUGGAGGACCAACCAGAAGAUCUCCGCAGGAAGUCAGGUCAACCUUGGAAAGUGGACCAUCAGCACUCUUCUGCCUUCCAGGCUAGUACCCUGAGCAGCAAGGCAGGCUCUCCCCCAUUUCAACCGGUCAAAUCCUCCUGGGCUCCACCUGUGGUCAACCUGGCAAAGGUCAGUCCACAGGUCUCCAAGAACGGAGGGCUGUCCGCGUCUCCAGGCCAGGCGAGCAUCACCGUACAGAAGAAAAGAGCCUCGGAGGAGGACUAUUUCCUGCAUGGCAAGAAGCUCAAGGCGGUGUCUCCCUUCAUCAAGGAGGUGGACCCAAACAGUGGCCUGGAUCGGGGAACCUCCCCCAGCGGGCAGCCAGGGAUAGCAAAGCCGAAGGCAACGGUGGCAGGGUCUGGGUUUCCACAUGCCCACAUGCCUCAGAUCCAGGACAUGUACAAGGGCACCAUGCUGAGGUUGCCCGUUAACUUUAGCAGCAGCCCAGGAGAACAUCUCAAGGACCAGGCCCCUUCGCUGAUCCAGUCUCUCUCCAUCAACCCGUUUAUUAUCCCCGCCUUCCCAACCCCACUAUUAACUGCGUCCGUCCAAGCCUCGGAUCUGGGUCAGCCUCUGGGCACCAGCCUCGUCCACUACCCCACUUCCUACGACAGCGCACUACGCCACCGGCUGUACCCUGUGUCGACGUGGCACAGCCAGCCCACCUACGCCACCGCCCAUGUCCCGGCCUACCAUCGGAACAACAAACUGUAGCCCCCCCCCAUGGACCCUCAGAGACUUGCCACGUUUGGGGAGCCGUGCGAGGGAGGUGCAAACCCCACGUCUGCAGCGUUUCGACAUUUUGAUUCCUCUGCUUUUUUUGAGCUCUUAUUUAGGACCUUACGAAACAGGACCAUGUGACUUUUUUUUAAAACCGGUCAAAAGAUGAACUGUCUUUGUAUCUGACAUGUAUGCAAAUAACUUGCGCUUAAAAAAAAAAAAACCUUAGAGGGAACAAAGUUCUUAUAAACAGAGAUUUAUA